AUGGAAAAAAUAAAAAAACCGUUCCUCAACAAGAGGAAGUUAAUCGAGAAGAAACGUAGUGCACAUACGAAAGAUUUGAUCGAAACAUUAAAUGAAUUUACCAUAAAUACACAACUUGCUCUGCUCGAAGAUGCGUUUACAUCAUACAUAGGUAUACAUGAGCAGUUGGCCGAUCCAGAUGAAGAUGGUCAACAAGAGCACAUAGACAAGCUGAUGGAAGUGUCUAACACAUAUGUUACACUGAAGGCCGAUUUCUUGGAAUCAUUGUCUAAUCUAACGAUCGGUGAAGACAGGCAAACUAUUCAACAGAACAUUCGGCUACCACCAAUCAACUUACCACAAUUUGGAGGUAAUUUAGAUGAAUGGUAUUCAUUCAAGGAUCAAUUUGAAACAAUGGUACAUAACAACAAAGACAUAAACAACACCGAAAUAAUGUACUAUUUGAAAACAAGUUUAGUAGGACAAGCUUCUACAGUUAUAUCAUCACCGCAAUUAAUUACACAGAAGCUUGGAAGUCUGUUGUAA